AUGUCGACAACCUCACGGCCUCACCACACCGCGAACGCGGGGCUUCUCCACGGAGCAGUCGCUGCUGAGGUGGCUGCUCCGCUUGACGGAAACCAUAAUUUUCAGGGCACCGCAGCCGACGCGCAUGAUGUGCUCCUCUGCGCACCGACGGAGGAAGACAACAAUGCGUGCGGCGGACGUCCGGCGGCUGACGGUGGCGAUGGUGCCUCUUUCGGCGACUUUUUCUUCCACAGCCUCCCACCUGCGGGGGGCGAUGACGCGGCGCAGCCCGCGGUGUUUGAGGGCUUUUGCUUUGACGACAUCUGCGGCGACGGCGCGUGGCCAACCGGAGGCACGGCGAUGGACGAGGCGCCCGGAGAGGCUGUCGAGGACGGCAAUCAGCCCCGUGCGCCGCCUCCGUUUGAUUUUCUUCUUUCCGAGGACGCCACCUCCACACGCGUGGCGGCUGCUGUGGGCAGAGGCACCGGAGAAGAAGCGGUGCUCGACAUGGAAUCGGCGGCGAUGCUGCACCCAAACUGCGGUGUGGCUGAUCUCACGUCCGCGCCUGUUGCUGUUUCCGCGGAGCUGCCACAGCAGUCUGCAGCAGAAGCGACGAAAAAACUGCCUGGGGAAACUGCUGUCCAUUUUCCCUCCACCACAACCGACACCAUUGAGGCGGCCUGCAUGGCCCCUGUCGCCCUCGGCAGUCUCAGUACCCGCCAGAGUAACGGUGGAAACGACACUUCCGCUGAGGGCGCCACUGCGACGACGGAGGUGGUGAAUAGCGCCCACUCGCUUCCCUUCGGUUCGCUGCGGCAAUCACUCAAACUCAACGACAUCUCUGUGUCCUCCGCUGCAGAAAGCGCGAUAACAGCUGUGGGGGUGGCUCCGCGUGUGCCGCGGGAAAGUGUGGACGAGUUGCUGCGGCGUGCCAAUCGUAUUCUUUCCGACGGAGACUCCGCUGACGCCGCGCAGAGCUCCGCAGAGGGGGGGAGUGCGCGUCAGAGCAAUCAAUCGGAUACUCUCUUCAGCGCGCAGGUUUCCCACUGGCUACGAAGGUGCGUGGAGGUACAGGAGGCUUCCUUGGCCGCUGUGGCGGACCUUCAACUAAGAACGACAAAUACAAUGCGUCUGUUCAGCGCCCACUCAGGGCUUUCGUCCGCACUCGGGCCACAAUACGGUAAAACACCCGUUGUUUUAACACUUCCACUUGUACUUCCACUGAUGGAGUCUCUUCUUGAGGAGGUCUAA